AUGGAAGAUUUAUCAAAUGCAAUAAAUAUUAUAAACAAUCAGAAUCUUUAUGAUAAACUCUAACUUCAAAAGGCCAAAGAAUACUGCAAUGAUUUCGUAGAUAACAACUUUUAAAAUUGGCAUGAAUUCUUUAUCUUUGUAGGAAAUAUGACCAAUCCUGAAGUUAUUAGAUUCUGGGCUUUAAAUGCUCUCACUGAGAUUGUAGACAAGAAGCAUCAUAAGUUGCCACUUGAAGAAAAAUAGAAGUUCUUCUCAUUCGCUAUUGGCCUUCUUGUAGAAAACCCUUAAUCUGUGUUAAGUUAGAGGAAUUUCAAUUAAAAAUACUGCUAAUUCUUAUCCUUAGCAUUCCAAAGACUAAAUGAUGGAGUCGCUGAGAAUUUAUUUGAUUAGCUCAUUUAAAACAUCAUUGUUCCAUUGCAGAGCUAAAUAAAUCAGAGUGAGUAAGGCUAUGAAAUCUAUAUGAAUUAUUACAACCUACUCAUAAGUACUCUAAUUGAAUUAAAUCACAGCUUGAAAACCUACGAUAAAAUCAAUUUAAUGGAAUCUGACAGACUGAGAAAAUUAUUCUUCCUCAACAAUGUUAAAGUCAUUGACUUUUUGUUGGCUCUAAUCCAAGACUUUAACACACCUAUUCAAAGUAGAACAACAAUCCUGAGUGUAAUAGAUAAAUUAUCUAGAGACAAUUAGGAGUCAGAAUAUGUUCAUGGAAUCCUGAUACCGAUAGCAGAAUAAAUGCUAGAGUCAGAAUUAUCAAAUGUCAUUGCAAACUCAAUUAAAUAUCUAAGAAGCUGCAUUAAUCAGCAUACUCGUUUCGAUUUACUGUCGAAUAUAAUGAUGAGAGUUUUUGGAAAUAUUUAAUAAUGGGCAUUGUUUGAUGAUACCAAUCUAUUCUACCAGAUUUCUAAAUUACUAGCUAGAUGUUUAAGCCAUUGGUAGUAUGAGCUGAUGAGUUUAGAAAAUAAGGGAAGGCAAAAAAGAACGUGGAAAAAUAAAUUUGCAUUUAACAAUAUCAAUACUCUUAAUUUUGACUCAGACUAAGAUGAGAUUGAUGAUGAUGUAUUUGAAUAAAUCUAAGAUGAUCAUGAUUUGGAAGCUAUGAGGUUGAGGAAGAAAAUGAACUCUGGCAAAAGUGAUUAGCAAAUGAAUGAAGAAAAGAAAAUUUCAGACUCAGACAACUCAGAGAUACAGUUCAAGAAAAACCAGAUAUAUGAAAUGAUUAAUCAGGUUUUUACGAUCGCAUUAGAUCUGUUCUAGCUUGAUAACCUCAAGACUUAGGGGGUAAUAGCAGAUCUUUUCACCAACUUCGUUCAGCUAAAUCUCAAGGUCUAAAUAAUUAACCUUGAAAGUCAAAUAAUAUCCAUCAUCUAGCAUUCAUUGGAGAAACUUAGAUACCCUCAUUGGUUUGAUGUUACAAAGAAAUCAUCGAUUAGUGAUGAUGAGGAAAAAUUUCUUGACAUUAGAGAGAGCUUGUUCAUUAUUAUAGGCAGUGGAGUAAAUUAAGAUCACUUGUAUAAUGGACUAUUGCAGUACCUAGAUAUGAAGAUUUAGAAUGUCAUAAACAAUUAAAAAUUCCUUGAUGUUAGAGAAAUGGAUGUCAUAUUUGCCAUCAUCCACACUAUUUUGUUUAAGAGAAGAAACUACAAUAACAAUAUGCAGUUUAUUGAAAAGUAUGAGUUCAUUAUUUUCCAUCCCGUCUUGGUAAACUCUAACUGCACACUUUAUGCUGAAUAUUUAAUCGAGAUUUAUAACUCAUUAGGGUUCCAAGAUAUUUCUGAGUAAAAAGCUAAACACAUACUAGAUUUCCUAUUCUCAAAGAAUGGUCUUUUAAGUAGUGAAAUAUAACUAUAGCAAUAAUCAAGCAUGCUCUUCAUGAAAGAGUUCAGACAAAACCAUUAAAAAAUCAUUUCCAAUUUUGCUGGCCAUCUGCUAACUGUUAUAAGUGAAAACUUAUUCUCAAAUUUGCAAUCAGUCAGGAAUUUAGAUAAAAAGGAUUUCAUUUCGGAGAAGAUAUUUCAAGUAUUUGGAUCAUUACUAUGCGAAGAUUCAGUAGAUAUUUAAAUGAGAAUUAAUUUGUUUACUCAAUAUCUAUAGAAAACCCUGAAUGAUGUAAAAGCAGCAACAGGGGACAUUAAAAGAUAAAUCUAUAUGCUAAAUAUAAUAUCAUAUUUAGUUAAGGGAUUUAGAUAGCCAAUCAAUGACUAGAUUAAACUCUUGUUUAGUAUGUUUCUUGAUACGUGCUUUUAAGAGAUAAUUAAAAAUGGAUUUGAUUAAAUAGUAUCUUGUAGAAUAAUAGAACUAGUUUCUGAAAGAGCUUCUAUUUUCAAAGACAUAAAUCUGCAAAUACACUUGAAAUAUCUGUACUAAAUAAUUGAAAGUGACAAACUUGAGAUUUAAGCAACCUACUUCAAAGUUUUUAAUACAUUUAAUCUAAGUGUAGAUGCUCAAGUUAGAGUUUUGCAGCAUACUUUUGAAACCUUCUAGUUAUAGCUUAACUAUGUCAUUUAAUAAAUUGGUAUUGUUAGGGAAAUAAGAACUGAGAGAGAUAAAACUAAAAUUGAUAUAACUGAAGAAAUUCUCAAAACUUUAAGGGAGGCUUGUAACAUCGAUUAUCUCUUUCUACUGUGUAAUGGAGAGGAUGUGUUUCUAUAAUUUUUAAAUUCUUUAAAUGAGCUGUAUGUCAACUCAUUUGCACCUAAGAUAAAAUUUGAAGCAAUUUAGAUAAUUUAGUUGAUACUUUCUCAAUUUUUUAAGUAUGAUGACGAAGAAUUCUUCCACUAAUAAGCUCACUAAAGGAGCAGGUUGAGUUACAAUCCACCCCAAAUGGAUAUUUAAUUUCCAAAUACUAUUUAAACAAUGAUGCAAUUUUUAGAAUUCGCAGCCACUAACUACUACUCUCUACUUACUCAUGGUAAUUAUUAAGAGAUAAAUGACAAAAUUGCAUCCAAAAUUAUACUAAUUUAAGAUAUAUCAUUAAAAACCUUGGAUAGAGAAUAUAGGGAGAGAAUGAGACAUACAAUGAAAAACGUUGUAAAGAUUUAGUACUCCACAGUUCUCGAAAACUUAAAGAUCUUGGAUUAGUUCUAAGCAAAGAAGAUUAGCAAAAAUGAUAUGGUUAAAUUAUUCAUUAAAUGCAUGCAAAACUAUGUCGAAGAAAAAGCCCUUAAAAAUCUAGAUGAUUGA